AUGGAGCCUGGCGUGGCGUUCAAGAAGAUGUUGACGGGGCUGAGAAGGGGUGAGCGCGUCUUCCUCCAGAACGUUCCCUCGAGGGCCAUAAAGCCGCAUUUGGGCACACUUCGCACUCCCCUGAGGAAUAUAACGCCCCAAAACGAGGUUCCUAGGGAGAAGGUGGAAGAUGCUGAUGAUGAUAAAUCUGAUGACUCUAUUAGCCAUUUUGCGGGAAUACAUAAAAGGUUUAAUUUUGACAGAAGACGCAAUUCCACUAUCACCAUUCCAAGCUCUUCUCCAACUACGGUCCUGAGAAGCAUGGAUAGAGCUAUAAAAAAUCGCACAAACACAUUGUCUACGGACUCCUCCCAUGAUGACCUCAUCUUUCACCUGCGGAACUUUAACGAAAUAUACGCAAAGACUACUCACAAAUUUGAUCUGCUCAAAACGAUCGUGAACAAUGACAAAAACGAUGAGAUUAUCUUUACAAUUGAUUUUUAUAACCUGCUACUAAGCAUUUGGGCGUCAAUAGGCCAAUUGAACAAAAACGAUAAGAUAAUGUACCAUAAUUUAUGCAAGAGUAUUUCUAAAAAGGUCUGGUCGCUCCUGCCUAAGAGGGGUAUCGGGGUUUCUCACUCAAUCUACCUGUCUUAUUUCUUGCUGGAUUUGGAGCUUUUGGACGAAAACAAACUGGUGCCACCGGGGGAGCAGUUUGAACGGAUGAACUUUCUGAUUGCCAACCUAAAGCCCCUGCUGGAAAGAUCCGUGGGAGGAACUAUGCAUACCUUUGGGUCCUGCUCAAAUGGACUAUGGGUCCGAGGCUCAGACAUUGACUUUUGCCUAGUAAUCCCAGACUGCAAAACAAAGAGGCAGUGGCUCUCCAAGCUAAUGCUGGUAAAAUCAUCGCUAUUAAAUACAGACUACAUUUCAAAGAUACAAAUAAUCCAAGCAAGGGUUCCUAUCGCAAAAUUAUUUGAUAACAAUGGAGUUAACGUGUGUGACGUUUCGAUAAACAACACCGUUGCACUAAACAAUUCGCUUUAUGUAACGACAAUGACAUCUUUAGAUGCGCGUGUGGCUAAACUUGGUCGAUUUAUCAAAUACUGGGCUAAAUGUCGCCAGAUUAAUAAUAGAGCGGAAGGUACAAUGAGCUCAUACACUCUAUCGCUGCAGCUCUUUUACUUUUUAGCAAACAGAAACCCUCCAAUACUCCCGCUAUUUAAGGACAUCACAAGGAACUAUUCUCCUUUUGAAGACCUUGACAAUCAGCUUUGUUUCAUUUCAGAUACAGCCGAGAUUAUGGAAAGGUGCAAGUACCUGGGUAAAAACCAAGAGUCCCUUUCCGAGCUUGUGUUUGCCUUUUUCAACUACUAUGGAAGUGAAAAAUUCAAGGGAGGCGAUUCUGGAAUCACAAUUAACCUCUACGAUAAUCAAGUUGCUGAGAAUGAUAGUGGCGUGCUGGAAAUGAGGUGUCCAAUAACUGGCAAGAAUGUGAACCCAUUCACAGUUGUGAUUUGGCAAUCGAUUCACGAUGAAUUUCGACGUUUUAAAGACAUGCUGUCGUUGAAGCAACCAAUUGAGGUAAUUUGUUGCGAAAUCCAGCGCUCAGUGCUCAAGAGUCAAGCAAUUGCCCGAAAGAAGAAUGCAAACACAAUGGCGAAAAUUUUAUUGAAUGCAAAACAACUCUGA